UUACAAUCGGAUGCGUUCAGACGAUCUUUACUGUUCUUCUCAUAUUGUCAUAUAUUCUCCAGGAUAUCGGACAUUCUUUGUCAGUUUAUUUGGCGCGUCUUUUUAUUUUCUUGACACAUUGUAACAUUCGCACCGCGGGACACGCGACUGGAGUUCCAUUAGAAUUUCAUCUGAAAUCACAAAUAUUGCCAACUGUUGGAGAGGGUGUUGGAAAUGAAAAAAGUCUCCUGGUCAGUUACAGCCAUGAACCACCUGUAAUUCCAGGUCACUAUUCCCAGGGAUCGACCUUGGGUGAGCAAUUGAGACAUGAAUUCAACAAAUCCUCAGACUGGCAAAAGGCUCGUCUGUUCAUUUUAAAUUAAUAUAUUCAUUAUCUGGUCUCAUCCGUAAUCUAGUUUCUUGACUGUAGGUUGAUAUUGGACAUAAGGAGGGCCGAGUACUUGUCCUUGAUACAAGAACUGGUGGACAUUCACGAACAGAUUAAAAUGGCAAAGUGGUUAAAAGACUAUUUAAGUUUCGGGAGCAAACGGGUGCCCCCACAACCGCCGAAACCAGAUUACACUGAGAGUGAGAUACUAAAGGCAUAUCGAGCACAGAAAAAUCUGGAUUUUGAAGAUCCUUAUGAAGAUUUUGGCAACAGGAUUAAAAAUGACAUUGGCUUGACUGAAGCACAUCAUAUGGGCUUUGGCUCUCCUUUGAAAUCCUCCAGUCUGGAUAUCAAGGUGGUUUCACCAAAGCAUCGCCUCAUUAAGGUGGACUCGCAAGACCUGGGACGGAGUAAGAUUCUCUUGAGCUCUGUGUCGUUAGAGGAACCAACGGAUCCGGUGAUCCCCUCAGCUCCUGUCAUGGGCGAUGCAGACUACUCUGACCCCUUUGAUGCUCGUUCUGAAACUGUCCAGGGGGCGAUUACUCCUGAGUACAAUGGAUACAUGGAGCCCUAUGAGGCCCAAAAAGUGAUCACAGAGCUACAGAGAAGAGCUGGUGGAGGUGUCUGGGUCAGAGGUGAGGUGCAGCUCUACGACACACCAUAUGAGGAGCGGGUCCCGGGGCAGCCAGAUCUGCCGGAGGAGGGUAGGGAGAGCAGUCUGCCGCAAGAUGACGAGAGGCCAGCCGAUGAAUACGACCAGCCCUGGGAGUGGAAGAAGGAACAUAUCUCUAAGGCAUUUGCAGUACAGUUUGAAGGUGCUGAGUGGGACCGUUCCUCUUCACCCAAAGAGCUAUUGAGAUCAUGCAGGCCUCCACCAACCACAGGCAACAUGAAGCUCCGCAAGCCCAGCGACCCUCAUUCCAUGAUGGGGGAGAGAGUGGACCCUACCCAGCCCCUGGAGAAACAAGUGUGGUAUCACGGCACUCUGUCCCGUUUGGAGGCUGAGACACUGCUGACCCUGUGUAAGGAGUGUAGCUAUCUGGUGCGAAACAGCGAGACCAGUCGCUCGGACUACUCUCUCUCUCUAAGAAGCUGCCAGGGUUUCAUGCACAUGAAGUUCAGCCAGUACAAAGAUGGUCGCUACAUUCUCGGCCAGAACAGCCCGCCGUUCGAAACCAUCCCAGAAGUGAUCCACUAUUACACCACACACAAACUCCCAAUCAAAGGAGCCGAACACUUGUCCCUGCUCUUCCCUGUUCUGGUUCAGACUCUCUGAUUGGUUGAAGCACUGCAGGUCUCAACAACUUUGAUUAUGGAAUAUGUCACUGGGGAUGUAGGGUUUCUUGAAUGAACAAUCUAAGGAACAAAUGUUCAUCCAUUCAGUGGUCCAACAUUACACUUUAUAGAACAAAAGAUACUCCAUUGGGCAUAAAGAGUUUCUUGGAUGAACAAUCAUCCAAUUUGGCAAAACAUUUACUCACUUGUUGGUUGGUCAUGUCCUCUGAUAAAAAGAGCAUGUGGUUUCAAGACGUCAAACUCUACAAUUGAACUUCUUACAUGUCUGAUUAAAUUAUAGCUAGAUCUGUUCACAUGUCACUUCAGAUUCUUGUUAAUAACACUAUACAAUCUCACUUGAAUGACCCUUCGGAGAACUAUAUAGGACUGCCAGUGACUAGACCUGUUGCACGGCCUUUGUUAUUCUCCGAUGGGAUUGUGGACUUGCCGCUACGAAUGUUUAUUGAUCAAUUAGCAGACUCUUAGGUCAAGCAUACAGGACUCUGCUCUUUAAAGCUGCUGUAAGUAUCCGUUUCAAACUCUCUUUAAACUUUGUGAAGCCUUUUGGUUCUUAUAAGACCCUUGGGACAAAUGCUGUCUGGUCCACUCAAGAUAGUCAAUAGGAAUCCAUUUUGUUUGUGUCAUUUUUAGAUUUCAACUUCGUCAAUGUGGUUGGUCUUCGAUCGGUGCAUGUUGGUAAUGUUAGCCUGCAGAGUCUUUAACAGUAAUGGAUACCAACCAUGAUCCAUGUUAGAAAUUUUCCUGUUAUUGAUAUUUUAGCACAUCGAAAUGUCGAAAAUGUGUUUUUUAGCUGCUGUAUUUUAAACUGAUUUACAUGUGUUAUGUAAUAAAAUUUCUAAGG